GUUAAUUAUGCACGUCCAGUAUAAAGGGCGCAUGCAAAGCUCUCGGUUUCAACACUGUCAGAUCCCCAACCGGUGAUGAGGAAUAUUGUGUUGCACCUCUUUUUUUUCUUGGGCCCUCUUCUUUUUGCUCCAGUGCUAGCGAAGUACCGGAAUGUGACCGUCGAUAAUACUGACCCUUCCAUCCAAUAUGUUGGCGAUUGGAACCAGUGCAGCCUAAAUAUCGGUGCUUCCUAUGAUGGCACACGCAAUUGCACCGGUCAGCAAGAUGCUACUGCCACAUUUACAUUCACUGGUGUUGCGAUAUACUAUAUAUCACCCCUUAUUGGAAAUCGUACCACCGUCCUUACGCUCGACUCAGGACCGUCAGUUUUGGUGAACCUCACCCAGGCCCAAGGUCAGAACCCAAAUUGGGCUAUCAGAUGGGGAGCAAGUGGACUGGACAAUGGCCCACAUACUCUCGUUAACUACGGGUCAAGUAAUACUACCUCAAGUGCGGUGGGCGAAGUGGAUGCAUUCAUCUACACAGUAGUUGAACAGGAUCACAAUCUCGCUGCAAUCGUAGGGGGUGCGGUUGCUGGUGCAGCGGCUUUGGCAUCAGUGGGAGCGUGUUGUAUCUUUGGCCAAAGUUUGGCGGAUUGGCUCAGACAGCUCGUUUGUUUCUCUCCAAUUUGUCAUAAGUAGGCCAUGCUAACGACGUCCAGGGGUUUGUCAUGUUUGGAUGGCUGCUUUUCAGGGGUCGUCGCUUUGCCUUUAUCUCCGAUGUCCCCAACGAGACCCAGAUUACGCUUUUCCUCACUCUGACUCCGGGUCUUCCUCGCAGCACCGGUGGUGAAG